UAAUGAGAUCAUAACCUUUUAUUUUAAUCUUUUUAGCAACAACAAUCAGUGCUACAUUCAUAUAUAAUGAAGAUUUGGCUAAAGAAGAAGCUGCUCUCUCUUUUGCUGCUUAUUGUCCUACUACAGCAAUUAAUAAUUGGAAAUUGGGUUAUGUGAGUGCCAAUUAUCCAAAUAUUAAAAAUCCUCAAGUCUUUGAAAAUAUAAUUUAAGUAAGAAAAUAAAAGUUAUUCUUAGGGAACAAAAGGAUAUAUUGCUUAUAAUCCCACUUAUAAUGCUAUUACAGUUGUUUUUAGAGGUUCAAGCAACAUCUAAAAUUGGUUGGAUAACAUUUAAUUUGAUAAGGUUACUUAUAAUGAUGCAUGUUAAUGUUAAGUUCAUAAAGGAUUUCUUGAAGCUUUCAAAUCACUUGAGCCAUAACUUGACAAUCUCUUAGUAAAAUACAGAAAAAUGUACCCAAAUGCUGUACUACACAUAACAGGUCAUUCUUUGGGAGCUGCUAUGGCUACUCUUUAUGCUACAUAAUUAGCAAUAGCUGGAAAUUCACUUCAAUUAAGUACUUUUGGAUUACCAAGAGUUGGUGAUAAAGCCUAUUAUAAUUAUUUCUCUUCAUUUACUAAAGUGACUCAUUUUAGAGUUGUUCAUGAAAAGGAUGCUGUACCACAUGUAAUAUAAAUUAUUUAAUUUUAAGGUUCCACCAUAAAGCUUUGGAUUUAAUCAUGUUGAUAGAGAAAUUUGGUAUCAUAGAGCUUCAUAUACUGUAUGUUAAUUGGAUGAAGAUCCUAAUUGUUCAGAUUCUAUUCUUAUUCCAUCAAUAGCUGAUCAUAGUUUUUACAUGGGUUGGAGUUCAUCAGUUGAUUGUUGAUA